AUCCCUACUCCCCAGAUCGGAGUUCAGACGCGUUAUACCGUGUCGCCCAUACACCACCGGAAUAUGCGUGCAGGGACAGUGGCAGCGUUCAACAGGAGGGUGAAUACGUAUCAAAGCAACUGUUUGAGGUUGUAAUGGUGAGCAACCCUACAGCAAAUGCACAGCGCGUUCACCUUAAAGCAACACGUGCUAAUCGCCCUCGGUGGCGAACCGAUUGGGGGCCCCGGCAUAUGCGGGCGUCCAGGAAAGUUAUGAGGAACUUUUCAAUUGCUAACCGCUUUCAGGGUGAACUUGCGGAGCUACGCUCGCAAGUCGGCCAGCUUCGGGAAGAUAACCGCAGUUUACAAGAGCAGCUUCAACACGUCCGAGAGGUGCAGGCGGCGUCGGGGUCAUCUUCCGGUGCGCCCGACACGUGGGAUGCUGUACCCGCCCUCCUAUGUGAUGUGGAGCCUGCCGUCACUCGUAGCGACAUGGCGUUCAUAGAGCGGGAAAUCAACUGCCUGAAGCAGAAAAUUAGCGAAACGCGCCUUAAGCUUCAGGCUGCGGAGCCUGAUACAACAGAUGACGAGUAUUACGCUGCAACCCUAGCCGACCGGAGGGUGUUUGAGCGCCAGCCGCUGCAGCGCAAGCAGGUGUCAGCGGGUCGGUACGAUGCCGGGCCGGUAGCACGACACACGAACAUCGUCGGCCCUUCCCUGUUUGACGAAAUCCUGCCGCGCGCGCUGACGCCGGUCCCGAGCUCGGCAACAGGCUCCGCUGUGCCAUCAGCAAUGCGGCCCCGCGCCGCACGCGGUCAAGGAAACAAGAAGAGCGGUCAGAAAGUUUCAAAGGAGAAUGUUGCCAACCAGUACGCUGGCGCCAACGUGCUUGGGCGCCCGAAAGUGCAACGCGGACGCGGUCUAUCAUAUUGA